AUGCCAUCAAUUAAAAAUACUAAAAGUGAUGAUUGUAAGCAAUUAUUACAAAUGGCAUCGUUCGAUGCACGUGAAUCAUCAACAUCUUCAAAUAAUGAACCAUCAUUAAACAUGUCAGACAGUAGACGACGAUCCUCCUUAUUCACUGAAGUUGGACUCGUUCUUGGAGAUACAAUUCAUAAACUAUCGAGAACAAAAUCGUCUAAUACUGCAACGUCAACAAAUUCCAAACAAAAAAAAUGUUUUUUUUUACGUUAUGUGCAUUUACCGAAGUCUAUUUCAUUUCCAGUUUCGAAUGAACGUUUACGUGUAAUAUUUUUACUAUUCACCUGUUUUAUUGCUUUAAUAAGUUUUACAAUAUUUCUGAUUAUUGGCUAUAAUUCAAUCCAAUUUAAGCAACAAUGCCUGUUAUACUCAAUAUUCGAUUAUGAGAUAACAGACGAAAUUAAAACAAAUUAUACCAUAAAUUUAAUGUAUUUUGAACAAUAUCCAACGGUCAGUUAUGUUUAUACGUAUAUGGUAAUUGCCAUUGUUUUCGCUUGGUUUCAAGUCAUAUUUUUUAUCGGAUCUAUCACCAUACUAAUAAUACGAUUAGGCACUACUGAAUUGGAUAAUAAUAUUGAUAAUACAAUUGAUGAUGGAAAGAAGGAUGAAACAUUUGAAAAAAAUACAAAAAUUCCACUAACAACAGCAUAUUUUAAAGAUAAGCAACAACAACAAUCAAAUGAAAUUAAUAACAUAAUGUCAAUAAAAAAAUAA